CCAACUCACACUUGUACUACCACAUUCACCAUGUCUCUCAAGAAAGAUUCCCACCCCUCGUCCGCUGCCUUCGACGUCAUCAACCAGACGCUCCAGGCCAAUGAAGCCGACCGCAAGAAUGCCCUCUCCCAGGCUAAGGCCAUCUUCUCCUUCAACCUGAAGAACUCCAGUGGCGAGGAGGCUGCCUGGUACCUCGAUCUCAAGAACAAGGGCGAGGUUGGACAGGGUGCUGCCCCUGCUGGCAGCAAGGCUGAUGUGACCCUCUCCCUCUCCGACUCCGAUUUCGCCCAGCUCGUUUCCGGCAAGGCCAACGCUCAGCGUCUGUUCAUGGGUGGCAAGUUGAAGAUUAAGGGUAACAUCAUGAAGGCGACCAAGAUGGAGCCUAUCCUGAAGAAGGCCCAGAGUGGUGCCAAGCUGUGAAGAUUAGAUACCCUUUUGAGAAAUUAUAUACGAAGUCCCUCUUCUGCCAGGGCCCUUAUUUUUGG